UGAAAAAGGCGUCGCCAUUCCGGACAGGGUUUUCGGAGUCGGGCCGGAGGUGAUGGCUGCUGCCGCUGGUGUGUCGGGCUUGACGAUGCUAGGGUUGCAAAAGGAUAUGGGGAGAUCGUGAGAUGUGGGGUGAUGAGGCAAAGGGGAAUUCGGGCUGCCGAUGGGUCCGAAAGGGUCGGAGCGCAAUGUCGUGGUCGGAACAGGAAGGUGUCUUGCUCUCCACCUCUUUUGCGAGCUACCUUGACGGAUUUGUGGUGUUCAGAUUCAGAUGGAGCUGCAAAGAAUACUCUACCACUCAGUUUGAGCUCACAUAGUGGUAAGGCUCUGCAGCAUUCAUUCAAGGGUGAAUUUUGGUUAUGUGGUCAACUUUAGGUGUCUGAGGAAUGGUGAGAUAUUGAGUUGGCAACUAUUAGGAGAGUUGGCUGUUUUUUUGUAAAAGGGAUCCCUGCAAGAAAUUGUGGCUAUAUGGCUUUAUUCAUUUAUAUACUUAAAUUGCAACUCACCAGUAUCAUAUUAGUUGAAUUAAACAUUUAGUGCUUAAGUUUUAAGGUAGUGACCGAAGUAUAUAUGACCUUUGCAGAUGAGAAAUAUAUAUCACAUUACUUAUAUAUGUUAGUUCCUUUUUAUCUUUCUCCUCACUUCUUGUAUACCAUUUCCAACCGAUAUGAUAGUCAAACUCUGAUCAAAUGCAACUUUGUUUCCGUGACCCAUGUAAUGCUACAGCUUAUAGCUUCACUUGGCAGUGAUUGAGGGUAAAAACAUUCUCUCUGUGGGGUUAGUCUUAAAUGCAUGGAAGUAUUUAUUCUUGCCCUGAUUCUCAACUGCAAGAACACAUGAAUUCCAAAGAUCACUUCAAAAUCUUGAUACAUUUUCCACGGCAUUCUUGGUUUUUUGAAGUGCCUACUUCACUUGCAGAUAUGAUUUUCACAAUUUUUUUAGCAGGAAUCGUUUAAUAUCAAAAACUCAUUAUGCAAAAUCCCUUUUUUGGGAGGAAAUUGAAGGAGUGGACAUUAUUAGUGGAGAGGAAGCAAUAAAUUAGGGUUUAUCAUGACCAAUGUUACGAGCUUGUGGAAUACUAUUGGAUCUUUGUAAAAUUGAUACAAUAGUGUUACAAUGAAUAUGAUUGGGAAGUCCGGUGACAAAAGAAGAUUCGUUAUAUCAUUAUUUAGUUCGAAUGGGUGAAAUGAGGGAAUAUAUUCUGUAUUCCAUCUUAUUGAUGAUCAUGUCAUGUAAUUCAUUUUGACUAAGAGGAACUGAUUCAUCGUGCAGCGUAGGAGAUAUGUACUGUGAUAUUCUACUUGGUCUCUGAUCCAUGUGGAGAAUGUCGUCUUUAUAAACGAACUAGUAUCAUUAUCUCUUUUGAUACUUACCUGACUGUUAAUAUGUUGGAUACUUGAUUCCAUUUGGUUUGAUGUAUACUGCUUAAACUCCUAUGUGUUUCAGUUGCAGAGAUUAGAAGUGCGAGUACCAUUGCCUAGUUAACACAACCUCGUAGUCGGAUACUCUUGUACUCUUAUACAUGCUUCUAGAGGCAUCGAUAUAUUUUCAUAAGUGCUUUUUCCUAGAUUCCUCCGCACUAAUUAUCAUUUAAACUAUACGUGCACAUUUUUCUUACAUGCCUUUGUAUUCUUCAUAUCGGCUUGCUUUAACCUUGUAAUUUCAUGUGUUGCCACCCUCAGGCAAUUUGUAGUCAGGUCUACUUGGCUUGCUUGUUCUUGCUCAUUCUUUGUUAUUCUGGGCUUGCUCGACAUAAUGCGUCAGUAAAGUCGGUGCAGAGCAUCUCUUGCGACUUCUUUUCAUGGCACAUUUCCACCUCAUACGAUGAAGAUAACUGGGAUACAUUUGGCUAGUAUUUCAUACUCGUUAUACAUGUUGAAAAUGGAAGUAGCAUCAUUUGCAAAGAAAAAUCUACCUCAAGUAUUUUUUUAUUUCUUCCAAUGACAACAUUGUUGUGUACUGCUGACAGGCUCAAAAAACUGGAAGCGAUGCCACAGAUCUGAAAGGCUCCAUGAGACAGAGAAUGAGGUUUCUUGUUGCAGUUUGCUUCGGAUCAGCCAAGAAGAGAACGGAGUCCUCGUGAAUGAUCAACACAACGCGAAUCUUUGAUCCAAGAAAUCUCAUGUUUUAGCCGACAUUUAGAAGAAGACGACGAGACAUAAGGCGAUCGGGGAGGCAAGAGAAGCGCUGUCGAGAACCGGUGGCUCGAGCGGAAGAGAGGUGGAGAGGAGAUCGGUGCAUUGGAGCUUGUUCUCGGGAGGCGAAGCGAAGCUUUUUGGAUCGAGCCAUCCGAUAGCCGGUGAGUGGGAAAGAGACGAUGGAGAUGGCGGCGCGGAAGCAGGGGAAGACCAACUUCGCCGUCACCUGUAGCCUCCUCAGCCGUUACAUCAAGGAGAAGGGGAGCGUCGCCGAGUUAGGGAUCGAGAUGGGCCAACGACCCGAAUACGCCGCCAAAGGCAAAUCGCAAGCGUUUCGGCCGCCGCCGACCACCAUGAGCCUGUUGCCGGGAGCGGACGGCGAGAAGGAGGAAGACGUUUCCUCCGCCGGAAACGCCAUGGAGCUGUUUCCACAGCGGGCUGGCUUCGUCCCCUCUCUCGCGGCUGUGGCCGAAGAUGCCAGUAAACAAGAAAGGAACCAACUCACAAUCUUCUAUGGAGGGAAGGUGAUGGUGUUCGACAAUUUUCCAGCUAAGAAAGCCAAGGAUCUGUUGCAGCUAGCAAGCAAGGGGAGCUCAACUGCACAGAAAUCUGGCCAUCUAUCAAGAACAGUACAGCCUAAUCUAUCUUACCUUCCUAUCGCUCGAAAUGCGUCACUCCAGCGAUUCCUCGAGAAGAGAAAAGAUCGGAUCAGUGCGAGAGCACCAUAUCACGUUACUGCCUCUCCUGAAACGGUGAAUCCUGUGAAGCAAGAGAAGAGCGGAUCAUGGCUUGGCUUGGGUCCUCAAUUCUCAUUUCCCAGCCUCAGUCUGAGCUCUGAGCACACCAGAUAGGAUCACCCGUAAGGCUCAGGAAUCUCAGAUGAUGUCAAGUCUUGAUUACUUCUUUUUCUAGAAUACUUCUUCGUGGUACUGUAAAAAAUGUGUUCGAUGUCACUGACGACUUAGGUUUCAGAUUCUUCCUUAUUAACAGACUGUCUCAUACUGUUGCCUUAUAGGAAUCAAAGGAACAUACAUGUACCUAUUAUCAUGAUAAAUUCAAUACAAAUUUUGUUUGCAGAA